AUGAAGUUCACGAGCAUUCUUAUCGCUGCCCUCAGCGGAGUAGCUAUUGCGGUAAUUCCGACGUUGCUACAUCAGUUGCAACGGGCUUCCCAUUCGCUGCUUGGGCACGUUAGGACGAAUGUGUUCGCAGGAACCCUUGAUUCGCGUCAAUACGAGUAA